AUGAACUUGGCACUCGGCCCCUUCGGGGAGUUUUACGUUGUCAUUGUGUGCGCUAUCCUUGAUGUCAUCGCGAUGCUGCUGAUGACAGAGCCUAGCAUCCCACUGCACCAAAUCUACGCAGUCCGCUUCCUCGUGGGCUUCUUCGAAGCACCGUGGCUACGUUGCCCUGUGGGGGAGCGUAGUGCAGACAAGUGGAGUCAACACAGGAGGACGGUGUGUGGUGAUGCGCUGGGGCUGGGGGCAUGGCCGGCGUUGUUCCUGACUUUCUGCAUUGGUGGCGGGUACCCGGCGGCGCACGCUUCCCAGUCAGGGCAGGGGAUCAUCAACCUCGCCCGGCAGUCAGAAGAGAGGAGCGAAGGCGUCCGUCUACCAGGCAAGGGCGACGGAGCCAAAAACCAAGGUCCGGUUUUGGGUGCCUUUGUCAUUUGUGGUCGUAGGCCAAUUGGCCCAUCGGCCAAGCAAGAAGCUGCCGAGCUUGAGAAAAUAUCUGCUAUGAAGACGAGGCAGAUUGCGAGCGCUUCCGUCUCAGCACAGCAGAGAGCAGCAGAGAGCAGCAGAGAGCAGGUGAUGGCCGCCGCGGGCUUCUCCUUGGCCAUGCUCUCGGCGGACUGGGAAGAGGAGCGCAGCGCCUGUCUGGAGGAGGGAGCCCACACCUGA